AAAUUAGAAAAUUAAAAAUUGACGGUCAAUAAUUUAAAUUAUCAUCAACAUGCGGAUAUCAAACAUUUUGCCGGUACGUAAUUUUAAUUAAACUGGGUAGUGAGUAGGGAGGUAGCAGAAUCACUGUCCAUGUGCACAGACUAGAAACAGACGCUUUAUAAUAAAGACGUACGAGGGUUGGUACUCAAAAAGGCUUGGGGAAGAUUCACCUCCAUACUCUUCCAAGACGGCCUCCCUUUGUCUCAAAACUGUGAUCUGGGUUCCGGAUUCCAUCUUAGCGAGGGUGAGGUCAUCUCCUUGCGUCAUGCCAUGUGCGGAAUCUAGCGUGAAAAAAAUGCGAUAGCGGAAUGACUCGUAGCUCAUAACGGUCUCCAUGGCGACGGGAAAGCUGCGCGAACUUUUGCUUUUGCCCCUCACCUGGUGGCCUAGUGUGCACUGCCUCGCUGGCUGCAGCUCGAGUCUUUGAAGGGGCACCGCGUCGUCCUGAGCUCCCGCCGAGCAACAGUUGUGCUUUCGUGUCGGCAGCCGCGCUCUCGCGAAAUCUUCUCGCGCUUCUCAGCGGGUGCCCAUUUUCUUUUUAGCUCUGCGGAUUUCCGCUGGCUGACCGGAAGUGCAAAUACUCUCUCCUCUCGCCCCGCCGGAAAUAGAAUCGCGAAACGGAAGUGCAGGUGUGAAAACUAUAAAUAGGCAGUCAGGUGGAAUGAUGUUGUCCUCUUCUAUGUUAUCGCAACUCUCGCAAGGGCGACUAGCCUCUAUCUGUAGCAACUAGUCUACUUUUUUAUCGUGUGACCUAAGAAAUCCGGGUCGUUUCCAGAAGUGGACAAGCUUCCGUUCUUACAGUUGUCUUACAUUAUUGAGUGGCAUUAAGUUGCGAAAUCCAAUCUCGAAGAAUUUAUGACUGGACGGUGAAUCGGCGAGCUCCAGGCUUAUGUGUUUCUCGUCCGUGUGAUUUUAUUGAACGGGUGACAAUUUUGAAGACGGACGCUCCGAUGGUUUAACGUUGUCAUGUCUCUUUCCCUCCGCCUACGGCAGUUCCACAUCCCCAAAUGCAAAGGAGACAAAGUUGCAAAAGUUGAAUUUCGAGGUGUUCUGUACGUGUCUCGACUUCUCGAGGAUAAAGGCGAGUGGAUUAUCGUCGAUCAGCGAUUUGUCUGGCCGACUGCAAGAGGCGUUGAGGGUCAUGAGGAGAUAAACAUCCAAGUGUUUUGCACGAGUAGAUACCUGAGCGACAAAUUGGUCGGGUCUUACAAACUCACGCUUCAACGACUAAUCAUCGAUGGAAAACUCAAUGUUUCCGACUCACUCCUCGGUCCCAACAACAAACCACUCCCGGCUAGCGUUGAAUUUGAAGUUUGCUACACACCACCGGUGGACACGCCGUCAACGACCUACAGCUCUUGGGUGGGCUCGCAAACCCUGGACACCGAUCAGGAAAUGCUCAUGAGAGUCGAGGAGAACAUCGCGCACUUGGAGCGGAACUUCCUGGACAGGAGGAACAGCGUCGGAUCGCAAAUGGGUUCUCUGGAUCAGCCUGACCUCGUCCUCCACCCUCAAAGCUCACCCUACAAUUCCGGAUCCGAAAAGUCGCCGGAGAAAAAAAGGCUAACCCUGAAAAACAGUGUUAAAAGUCUGAUGAAAUUAGGAAAACAAAGGCCCUCUAAGGACAAGGAAAAACUCAUAAGAGACGACAGUCAUGGUCAACGGGAUAUUCAGAUGGGCCAAUCGGAACCUGUCAUUAGACGCACAACAAGCGUCACAUCUAUAUCAUCAGAUAACGAAUCAGUUUGUUCCAACCCGGAGUUCCCAUCGAGAAUUCAAAGUAAGUUGAAAAAACUGCCGGACGAAUGUCAAAGUCUGCUGAAAGCUCAGGAUUUCCAGAUCUGCAUCACUAUAAUCGAAGCGCGUCAGCUGGCAGGGCUCAACAUGGACCCGGUCGUCUGCGUCCAAGUCGGGGAUGUCAAGAAAUACACGAGUGUCAAAGAAAGCACCAACUGCCCUUAUUACAACGAGUACUUCGUAUUUGAUUUUCAUAUGCCAGCAAUAAUGCUCUUUGAUAAAAUCAUCUCACUAUCGGUGUUACAGUCACGGAGAUUGUUACGUUCCGGUUCUGUUGUUGGAACGUUUAAAAUGGAUGUGCGCACUGUCUACGAUACUAUCGAUCACCAGUUUUACCAUCGAUGGGCUUUGCUCACCGACCCAGAGGACAUAGCCGGAGGACCGAAGGGAUAUUUAAAGUGUGACAUAUCUGUGGUUGGUAAAGGUGAUUCUGUUAAAGUUCCACCGAAAAGUGAAAAAGAUGAGGAUGACAUCGAAGCGAACUUGCUGUUGCCGGAUGGAGUUCCGAUGGAAAGACAGAGAGCGAAGUUCAUCGUUAAAAUCUAUAGGGCGGACGGACUACCAAAAAUGAAUUCUUCCAUUGUUGCCAAUGUUAAAAAAGCUUUUACAAGAGAGGUGCGAGACCUCGUUGAUCCAUAUGUACAAGUAUCCUUUGCUGGACUCACUGGUAAAACAAGCAUUAAGAAAAAUAGUUAUGCUCCAGUUUGGAAUGAAGAAAUCAUUUUUUCAGAGAUGUUCCCUCCUCUGUGUCAACGGAUAAAAAUUCAACUCAGGGAUGAUUCUGUAAAGAGGGCCGUAAUAGGGACUCAUUUCGUGGAUUUGAAAACCAUCUCCAAUGAUGGCGAUAAAGGUUUCCUACCGACGUUCGGCCCGAACUUCAUCCACCUGUACGGCUCGACGCGGGACUACAACAUCCUGGACGAGCACGCGAGCCUGAACCUGGGCCUGGGCGAGGGCGUCUCGUACCGCGGGCGCCUCCUCGUGGCCAUCCGCACGGAGAUCACGGACAACGUGGACGUGGCGCCGGCCGAGGUCGAGGUGGAGCCCACCUACCCCAUCACCGAGGCCUCCUACUCCAAGAACGAGGAGUUCUUCCUCUUCACCACCGUCCUCGAGGCCACCAUGAUCGACAAGAAGCUCAGCGACAAGCCCAUGUUCUUCGAGCUCAGCGUCGGCAACGCCGGCAACAUGCUCGACGGCUACAACGAGUCCAGUCAUAAUAACGUGGAGUGCGAGGGUGACGAGCAGUUGGAGCACGUGACGUCAGAGUCGUGGCAGAGCUCCACGUCGGCCUCCAAGCCGAUGACCCACGAUAGGAUAUACUAUUACCUCCCGUAUUGGGAGGAUAAGCCGUGCCUCCAUGUGAGGUCCGUGUGGCCGGAUCACCGCAGGAGGAUGUACAACUCUAACCUCAUAGCUCAAAUCAUAGAGAAAUUAGAAGAAGGGCUGAGCGAGGUGCAGUCGUCAAUUCUCGUCGAAGACUCAGACGCCGAGAAAAAACUGAAAGUUGUGUUGGAAGAAUUGAGUAUGACGUGCGCCCGGUACACAACGAUAUCGAAAAGCUCCAGCUCCGGCUCGGGAACCGGCAAAACGAAACUGGAUAAAGAGAGAACGAAAAUGUGUCUCCGAGAGAUAGAUCUUAUCGGUGGCCAAGCCAGGACUUUAAAAGCUCUGGUAACAAAAAAUUCUCUGAAGGAAAGGUUCAAGACUGCUCAUAGUUACCUGACAAAAUUGAAAAGUAUCAUGGAGGAUCCCCAACACUCAUUACCCGAUGUAUUUAUCUGGUUGAUAAGCAACGGUAAAAGAACAGCAUAUCAGCGAAUUCCAGCCAGGGAUCUUAUUUUCUCCGUAGUGAAUGAGGAGAGCGGCAGGUGGUGCUCAAAAGUUCGAUCUCUAUUUUUGAAGCUGCCUGGUAAAAAAGGCAUAGGUCCGAGUGGAUGGACAAUCCAAGCAAAACUGCAGAUUUACAUGUGGAUGGGUCUGUUAAAGCACAAAAUGUACUUUGUAAACGGCCUGCCGAAAGGUUACGAAGUUUCUCAUGAGAUAAGCAAUGCUGAAAGACCGCGUGCUUUACCUCCCUCUGUCAUUCAUUACACCAUGAAGUAUUCAUUUCAGAUGCGAGCUUAUAUUUAUCAAGCAAGAUCUUUGAUUGGGUCUGAUGCCUCUGGACUAUCCGAUCCCUUCGCUAGAGUUAUCAUAUCAGAGUACUGUAGAACUACUCAGGUAAUUGAUGAGACUUUGAGCCCAACUUGGGAUGAAUUGCUUGUGUUCGACGAGAUACUGAUUUACGGUGUCAGGGAGGAAAUUAAAAAUGAUCCACCAAUCGUCAUUAUCGAAAUCUUUGAUCAAGACAAAGUGGGCAAAUCAGAAUUUAUUGGAAGAGCAAUCGCAAAACCGCACGUGAAACUGUUGGAAGAGCCGUAUUCCAAGCCUAACUUUCCUCCAUCAUUAGAGUGGUACGAAAUUCACCGAGGCCUUGAACAAGCGGGAGAGCUCCUUGCAACUUUUGAACUCCUGGAGCUUCCUAACCGAACUGCCACCGCAAAUCUACCCGAGUUACCUGAGCCUAAAAUCACGAGUGUCAUCCCAAUUCAGAGCCCAACAGAGGCUCAUCACGGGCCUGUCCUGCCUGUUCCAAAAGGCAUAAGACCUACCUUAGCAAAGUACAGGAUCGAAGCCUUAUUUUGGGGCUUACGGGAUCUAAAGAGAAUUCAUUUGAUGAGUGUGGAUCGACCAAGGGUUGACAUCGAGUGUGCUGGACAUAUUCUCAACUCCUCGGUCAUUCAAAACGCUAAGAAGAACCCAAACUUUAGCAAUCCUGUCAAAUUUUUAGAUCUAGAGCUUCCAGAGCAAGAAUUGUACAGACCUCCACUGACAAUAAGAGCGAUAGAUUGCCGUAGCUUCGGUCGUUUUACACUGGUUGGAACGCAUAUGAUCAACUCAAUUCACAAGUAUAUGUAUCAGCCAGUGACAAGGAAAGAAAGGGAACUAGAGGAAAGAAAGCGCUCAACCGUGCUAGCCCAAAAUGGCGAUGUCAAUAAUGUAAAUACUUUUGUAACUAGCAAUAAUGAAUACACCAAUUAUAAUAGAAGUAUUUUCUCUAAUGAUCGAAUUAUUUAUUUUGAUAUGGAUUUACCUUAUUUUUCUAAAAAAGCAAUGAAAACUGAGUUUAAUCGAAAGCGGAAAGCAAGCAUGGUUGAAGAUUAUGUAGAUGACGAUGAUGAGAGCAGAGACUGGUGGACUAAAUAUUUCGCAUCUGUAGAAGCUACGAUCGAGGAAGGUAAAGAGGCAAGAAAAGAAAAUGUAUUGCAGACCAAUGGUGGACUUUACGCUGAUCACCCCGAUACUGCUCAGCCAAAAAAUGCAAAGCAUAAUAAAUUAGGCCCCAGCACAGCUGCCAAAUUAGUCGCUAAAUUGAGCCCGAAAACAAUCCAACGGAAGCAAGCGAAAAAAAUUGCAAAAAUAAAGAUCUACUCCAAUGAGUUAGAAGCUCAAAGUGAGUUCAAUGGAUUCAGAGAAUGGCUGCUGCCAUUCGACUUAUAUCGAGGGAAGAAAACUGGAGAUGACUCGGAAGACGAAAAUCGGAUUGUUGGAACUUUCAAGGGUUCCAUCAAAGUCUACAAGUGGCCACUACCGAAAGACAUCGAGGAUCACACGAUUAUGGGAUUCGAUCCUCAGUACGGGUUUUUCCAAGGGUUGCCAUCCAACGACCCGAUUCACGUUCUGGUCCGCGUCUACAUCAUCAAAGCCAACGAUCUCCAUCCGAUGGAUUUGAACGGGAAAGCGGACCCUUACAUAGUCUUGCAAUUGGGAUCCAAAAAGAUCAACGAUAAAGACAAUUACAUAUCAAAGCAGCUCAAUCCUGUCUUCGGAAAGUGUUUCGAAAUUGAAGCAACUUUCCCUCAAGACUCAAUGCUGACAAUUCAAGUUUUGGACUGGGAUCUGGUUGGUUCGGAUGAUCUGAUCGGCGAAACACGAAUUGAUUUGGAGAAUCGAUUUUACAGUCGUCAUAGAGCCACGUGUGGUCUUUCAAGGAAGUAUGAAGACUUUGGCUACAAUCAGUGGAGGGAUCCGAUGAAACCGACUCAGAUCCUUGGAAAGUUGUGCAAAGAUGCGAAAAUGGAGGUGCCAAUAUACAGCAAUGGAAAAGUCAAAGUUGGAAAGCACACGUUUUGCUUGCAGCCAAGCAGCGAAACUUCAUCAGAUUGGUUCUUUGUCAAAGGCAUUGAAGAACACAUGGCUUUGGCUGUUUUGCACAAUUGGCACGAUUUUCCUAGAAUUGGCUGUGAAUUAGUACCUGAACACAUAGAAACGCGUCCACUAUACAAUCCAGAAAAACUUGGUAUAGAACAGGGAAAGCUGGAGAUGUGGGUAGAUUUGUUUCCGAUGGACAUGCCUCUGCCUGGACCGCCCAUAGACAUAUCACCAAGGAAACCAAAAUCCUACGAGCUGCGGGUUAUCAUUUGGAACACCGAUGAGGUUGUCCUCGAGGAUGAUGCCUUUUUUACCGGUGAAAAAAUGUCUGACAUUUACGUUAAAGGGUGGCUAAAAGGACCAGAGGACUGCCAAUCGACGGACAUUCACUAUCGCUCCCUGACUGGAGAGGGGAAUUUUAACUGGAGAUUCAUCUUCCCAUUUGAUUACCUUGUAGCGGAGGAAAAAAUUGUGAUAUCGAAGAAAGAGUCCCUUUUCUCCUGGGACGAGAGUGAAAGUAAAAUCCCCGUCAGGUUGGAGCUACAAGUUUGGGAUGCUGAUCAUUUCUCGGCAGAUGAUUUCUUAGGUGCCAUUACACUGGAUUUGAACCGCUUCCCACGUGGUGCAAAAUCGAGCAAACUAUGCACUCUUUCCAUGUUGCAAGACAGUUCUGUGCCGAUGAUAAAUAUUUUUAAGCAGAAAAGAGUGAAAGGAUGGUGGCCUUUUUAUGUAAAAAAGGAGAAUGAGGAGAUGGAAUUGACGGGUAAAGUGGAGGCAGAGCUACACCUCCUAACACAAGAAGAGGCCGAGAAGAACCCUGCUGGUCAGGGUAGAAGUGAACCAGACCCGCUGGAUAAACCAAAUCGACCAGAUGCGUCGUUCAUGUGGCUCCUGAACCCAUUAAAGUCCAUCCGCUACAUUGUGUGGCACAACUACAAAUGGAAAAUUUUGAAAGCUUUAAUUUUUCUCGCCUUAUUUUUUAUGAUUUUCCUCUUUAUUUAUGCCGUGCCUGGUUAUUCUGUAAAAUUGUUAUUAGGAGCCUGAAUAAUCUCCAAUAUCCAUAUAUUUUAAUGUAUUCACCUAGGUACUUAUUUUGACCUCCUCCUAGAUUUUAAAGUAAAGGAGAGGUCAUUACAGUGUCAAUUUGGCUCCGUGACCGUUGGUCCGCAAAUAAAUGGUUGUGGUCCCAAUAGGGACAACCGGUAGGAUCUUUUCAAUGAACAAGGUUGUGGAAAACCCUCGCUUCGCCUGAAAGCUUCAAAAGCCCUGCUCUCUACCACUUUCAGGUGCCACUCACAGGCUACUUUUGGACUAAGUGCACGCGUCUCCGUCAGGCCUACUUAUCAAUUUUUUGCUCUUCUCAUUUCUAUCUUUUUUAUGAUGAUGUUAACCUGUAGCCACCCAGGUAAAUUCAGAAAAAUGGAGACUUUUACUGUAUCAAUGGUCCCAGGAGGAUUUUGUUCAGAAAAUAUAAAUAUAAAAAGAUAAUAUUUAAAAAAAAAUCAACAGAGCUAAGAAAAUUUAAACACAUUUGAAAAAACUGAAUUACGCUUCACCUUCCAGAAUAUCAUCCUGACUGUGCUUUAUUAAAUUCAUAAGUGAAGACAUAUCUGUUUCGUUUCAUAAAUAGUCCUUGUAUCGGAGCUAUUUCUCUCAUUUUUCCAUUACAUUAAUUGUGCAUAUUCUGCGCACAGCAAGUGAAAGAGUUUAUCUUUGAGAGGCUAAAUAAAGAUCAAAAGUGUAGAAGAAUUCAAAACGAGGAGCAAAUGCUAUUUUUUGGCAUGAGUUUGUACAGAAAAGUAAUCUUACACCCUCUGACUAAGUUUACUCUAAAUCUAUUCCAUAGUGAUGCUAUGUGCGCUGCGUCUUGAAAUAUUCUGUAAAUAAAUUCAUUUUCUCUGUAAAUUGAAAACUGUAAAUUUCAAUAUCUGUAAAUAUUGACCCAGGUUUAUUAAGGCACUAGCAUUGGAAGUUUGGGUACAAGAACCUGCAUUAGUUUUUGUGUAAUUUUAAAGCGACAACCCCAAAGCAUGUUUUCUUAUAGGCAGUCACCUGCCAUAAAUAAUAUACCUACUCUACCUAUGAAAUCCAUUAAAUUGUAUGCUAUAUGUUUAGGAAUAUCAAGUCGCAUCGAAAACAAGAUUGAGAAAAGCUGGGCUGAAAAGUGAAUUUUACAGCCUUUUUUCAUGUGUUUUCAAAUGGACGUGUGGGACCAUUGCUAUGUAAGUGGGGGCACAGCGCCGGCAUGCUGCAACCAUUUGGAGCAAUUUGAUUAUUUUUGUCUCUUAUCUUCCAAGCCUGCGAGGAAGCAAAAAACUCGUCGAUCACCAAUAAGAUGUUACAGCAUGUCUACUAGAUAUUGCUCGUAAAAAUGCUGAAAAAUUCACUUCUCAGCCCUGCGAUUUUUCAGAUUGGCAUAAAGAAAACCCGAUUCAAAAAGCUCAUUACGUCCAAGAAACCAUAAGGGGCAUCAUAUCAAGUAAUAUUAAAAAAACUAGCACGGAAUUUCUUCCUGUAAAAGGCUCAGUCCUUUCCAGAUUAACAUGUAGCUGUACGCCCUCGGUGGACGUAAAAAUGAAGUUAAAUAUGAACUUGAAAAUUAUUUUUUGAGACAUUACAGAAAUAUUGAAAAGAGAAUUUCCAGUCAAACACUUAGAACUUGAUUUUUCCACCAAAGUUGAAAAAAACUGCGCUUCUGCUAAGGUUUGUCCUCUGCAUUGAAGUAUUUCUUCCUCUGGAUAGUUAAAAGUAAUGGUCGUGAUCCUGAAACACCCUCUCACACACAUUUAAAUAAAGAAGGAUCAGAAGCGGACGUUUGGAUUCUCCCUAAUUUUCUUCGCUUUCAUAUUGGUUACCAAGACUUGGCUCGCUUUAUUUUCCUUUUGAAAUUUUUUCUAAACACUGUUUCUGAUAUUCUUCACUUGGCCUGGCCAGUUUGUUGUAGUGUUCAGUCACAUGCUCUCACAUUUUUUGACUCCACAACUUGGAAUAGAAGCUAAGAGUAAUCACUUUUGCACCAAGAACAUUGGGAAUUGUAUGCAUGCUUUCAAUGUUUGUUCAAAAAAUAAAGAAUUCAUAACGA